GUUCAGUAGGCAGGUGGAAGGAAGCGCUCUGCCUCCCCUAGUAAAGAUGGCGGUACACAGUUUCUUGUAGAUAUGGUGCUGUCCGUUACUGAAUGUCUCGAGUAAAGAUGGCUUUGAGGAGAUCGAUUUUGCAGCUGGGGAUCACGGCAAGGGGAUUUGGGGGACCUGGUCAAGUGAGUAGAAUUAGUUCUAACAUUCCAAGUUCCACACAUUCUGUUGAGGACGAAGUGGAUACAGCAGAAAAUGACAUUGUUGCCCCUGAUUUCACUAACCGGAAUCCACGUAACUUGGAACAGCUGGCUGUAGCAAGGAAAGAACGAGGGUGGCAUACUACAUGGCCAACACACGAGUAUUGGAAUAGGUUGCGACUUGAGCGAACACAGCGACACGUGGAGGGCUAUGUUGAGCACUGGAGUGGUCACAUUGUAGUCUCUGCUUCCACCAAAGAGUGGGCCAUAAAGAAGUACCUUCAUAAGACUUCGGGUGUAACAGCAUGUAGGAAUGUGGGGCGUGUGCUAGCACAACGUUGUCUCGAAGCGGGAAUCAACUUUGUGGACGUCAGGGCUACAAUACCAUGGCAAAAGCGUUCUAGUUCGGUCCGAAUUUUUCAAAAUUCUAUGACUGAGGGUGGUGUUGAAUUGCAAGAGCUACGAAGAAUAUAUGAAUAAGUUGGAAAUUUGGGGAAGAGUCUAAGCAAUACUGUUCAAAACUCUGCGGUUCUGCCCUUUCAGGGAAAAUGAUACUGUUUCACAGAUAUACUAUUGAAACCAGUCUAGUCAAAUAAAGACCUAAUAGAAAAA